CAGCGUCUAAAGUCCGAGACAAGGCUGCGAUUAUUAAUAAUGAAGCGGAGCAUCGCGGAUCCUCAGCCGCACUCACCACCAGCCAGCCUGCAUUGCGGCCAGACCGAUAAAAUAUUAACUGAACUCCAGCGGUUGUGCUGUGCUGUGUUGUGUUGUGUUGCGUUGCGCUGCCACGGCGAUGCGAUGCGAUGCGAUGUAAUGUGCACUAGUCUAAUAAUCUUAUACACCGUGUUCCUUCUUUUUCUUGAUGUUGUUGGCAUUUAGAUUAUCUCUUCAGCAAAAAAGAUCCUUGUUAAAUUACCUUGUGAACAUAGCUUUGCUAACAGAGAUCCCGGACCCCCUCCCCCCCUUUGUAUAGUCAAGAUGUUCACAUUACCAUUGCUGGUGGCGACCCUGUUCCUGCAGGUCAAAUUCUCCGUGAUCCCCGGUUUAAAGCCCGCACUCUACGGGGCUCUGGUUCUGAGUGCGCUGCAUGCCAUCUUUGUCCCCCUCAAGAGCCACGGAGACUUUGUGAUAUACACCAAUGCCUUCAUGAGCGUGUCGUUCAUCAUCCGCGCCGUGGAGCUGCUGAUCCUGCAGGAUCUCGAUGAACUCGAACAUCUGGAAAAGGUCUCGCAUGUGUCCUCGUCCAUCCUGUACUCCUGGGAGCCCCUGCCGCGAGCCCUGGGCUUCCGCCGGUUCCUGCGCGUCUGCGAUCUGAUCGCCAACCCGCGCGCCAUCGGCUGGAAUCACGGCUCCACCAAGUAUCUACCGCCGCUGCGGCCCGUGGAAGGCGAGGCGGGCGGCGAUCACUGUGUGCCGGAGCACAGGAACAUGGUCGUCGUGGCGGUGGGAGACCGCAGCAGUUUUCUCCGCGCCCAUCUCUGGACCGUCCUCCUCGCGUACCUGGCUAUGGACACCUACCAGGCCGCGUUCGCGCGCAAUUACCCGCGGCUGUGCGACAGCGUCGACGGCUUCCUGAACGGGGUACUGGGCUGGCAUGUCUCCCCCGCGACCAGCGAGGUGGUCGUGCGGAGGUACCUGCUGUCCCCCGGCUGUUGGAUCGCCGCUUAUGCCUUCGUCGAUGGGAUUCAUUCCGCCGUCGGGGUCUUUUCCGUGGGCUUGGUCAGGGUCUUCACCUCCAAGCAUGCGGGAGAGCCUUGGAUGUAUCCACCAGUUUUUGGAUCCGUCCGGCAUUUGCUCGCGUUCAAUUUGCGUGGUAUGAUCACACUUCUUCUUCACCCUGAGAUUGAUAUUUUGGCUGACUAGAGAUCUAUUUGUUGUCUUCGAUCAAGAUAUCUGGGGCAAGAUGUGGCAUGACCUCUGUCGCAAUCCCUUCUUGGCGCUUUCCCGCGCGGCCAUCAUGCCUGUGAAAUCGAUCCCAAUGGGCCUGCAGCGCUUCCUGGUGAUCUCGUUGACGUUCU